AUGACCAUCACAACCCAUUGGAAGUCUAUUGCCCUCUUAUGCAUAGGAACUCCGGUUGUCUGCUAUAGUAUAUGUAUAUUACUGAAUUUAACCAUAGGACAUCGGACGGCAUCAUGCUCAAGUAAAGCGGCUGAUUACUCCGAGGAUGAAGCAACUAAGUCACCUUAUGAUCAAGCGAUGUUUUUCAAGAACCGAGGAAAUAAAUUUUUUAAGGCUUCGCGCUACGAACAAGCCAUUGAGUGCUACACAAAUGCUCUUAAAUGCUGCCCCGAGGAGGCCGUGAAUGAACGCGCAACAUUUUAUCAAAAUAGAGCCGCUGCAAAUGAAAAUCUGAAAAAUUUUGAAGCUGCCCUCAGUGACAUUAAUUCAGCUCUUGAGCUCUCUCCUAAGUAUCUUAAGGCCCUUAAUCGUAGAGCGCAUUUGUUUGAAAAGCUGGAUCGACUGCAGGAGUGCCUCCUUGAUGUCACUGCAUGCUGUAUAUUCGAACAGUUUCGGAACGCUGAAAAUGUGCUCUGUGUUGAUCGUGUUCUAAAGCGGCUCGGCCAACAAAAAGCAAAAGAAGAGCGUCCCAAUCUACCACGAGAAUUGCCAUCCACACUGUUCAUCCAAAAUUACUUAGGGUGA